AAAGUGUAGCGAACAAAUGCGAUUGGGUACUGAUGGUGAGUGUUGAUUCCACCGCUUCACACAAGGAGUAGACAGCGGACAUCUACUUGUACUAGUGAACUGCGAGAACGGAUUGUUCUUAUGUUAUUGCUUGAUCAAAAAUGAACGUUUUGACAGUGGUAUGAAUUAUCUGCCUUUAUUGUUAUUCUGGAACGUUGUAACUGGCAAGUUUUAGUUUGACUGGGGAAUGCAUCGCUUUCCUAAAAAAAAGUGGUGAGGGCUAACAUUACCAACAGUUUUCAGUAGUACACGUGAGGUUAUAUUCGGCCUUAUAAAUAGAUUACAAUAUAUCUUCCUGAAUCUUUUAUUCGCGUAAGUUUGUGGAAGACGCAAAAUAAGUGAAUAGUCAUUGGAGUGGUCGACGUUUCAGCUAAGCAAAUAGUACUGCUAAAUAGCUAUCUAGUCAGUGUCCUCGAGCGGCUAAUCUGAGACUCACCAUGGAGAAUGCACACACAAAGACAGUGGAGGAAGUUUACACCUAUUUCAACGUGAAUGAAAGCACAGGUCUAAGUUUAGACCAGGUGAAGAGGCAGCGGGAAAAAUGGGGACCUAACGAAUUGCCUGCUGAGGAGGGUAAAUCUUUAUGGGAACUGGUGGUUGAACAGUUUGAAGAUCUUCUUGUGAGGAUUCUUCUUCUUGCGGCCUGCAUUUCCUUUGUUCUGGCUUGGUUUGAGGAGGGAGAGGAAACCAUCACAGCCUUUGUGGAGCCUUUUGUCAUUUUGCUGAUACUUAUAGCCAAUGCAAUUGUUGGCGUCUGGCAGGAGCGAAAUGCAGAGAAUGCCAUUGAAGCCCUUAAAGAGUAUGAGCCGGAGAUGGGCAAGGUGUACCGGCAGGACAGGAAGAGUGUUCAGAGGAUCAAGUCUAGAGACCUCGUACCAGGGGACAUUGUGGAGGUGGCUGUUGGUGACAAAGUUCCUGCAGACAUUAGACUCACUUCUAUCAAAUCCACAACGCUAAGGGUGGACCAGUCCAUUCUGACAGGAGAAUCUGUUUCUGUGAUAAAGCACACUGACCCUGUGCCUGACCCCCGGGCGGUCAACCAGGACAAGAAGAACAUGCUCUUUUGUGGCACAAAUAUAGCAGCGGGUAAGGCAGUAGGCGUGGUGGUGGCCACAGGUGUCAAUACUGAGAUUGGAAAGAUCCGUGACGAGAUGGCGGCCACUGAGCAGGAGCGAACGCCACUGCAACAGAAGCUGGAUGAGUUCGGGGAGCAGCUGUCCAAGGUCAUCUCGCUCAUCUGCAUCGCCGUGUGGCUCAUCAACAUCGGCCACUUCAGCGACCCCGUCCAUGGAGGUUCCUGGAUCCGCGGCGCCGUCUACUACUUCAAGAUCGCCGUGGCCCUGGCCGUGGCCGCCAUCCCCGAGGGUCUGCCUGCCGUCAUCACCACCUGCCUGGCCCUAGGAACUCGCCGGAUGGCCAAGAAGAACGCCAUCGUUCGCAGCCUGCCCUCCGUGGAGACCCUGGGCUGCACCUCCGUCAUCUGCUCGGACAAGACCGGCACCCUCACCACCAACCAGAUGUCUGUUUGCAGGAUGUUCAUUAUAGACCAGGUGGAGGCAGAUGGAUGCUCCCUCAAGGAGUUCACCAUCACUGGCUCCACAUACGCCCCUGAGGGACAAGUGUAUCACGAUGGUAAACCAGUGAAGACCUCCCAGUAUGAUGGCUUAGUGGAGAUGGCCACCAUCUGUGCGCUGUGUAACGACUCCUCCCUGGAUUACAAUGAGACCAAAGGUGUGUAUGAGAAGGUUGGCGAGGCCACAGAGACUGCCCUCACCUGCCUGGUGGAGAAGAUGAAUGUAUUUGACACAAAUGUCAAGGGCCUGUCCAAGAUCGAGAGAGCCAACGCCUGUAACUCAGUGAUCAAGCAGCUGAUGAAGAAAGAGUUCACCCUGGAGUUCUCCAGAGACAGGAAGUCUAUGUCUGUUUACUGCACCCCCAACAAGGCCCGCUCCUCCAUUGGCAAGAUGUUUGUCAAGGGAGCCCCAGAGGGAGUGAUUGAUCGGUGUACUCAUGUGCGUGUGGGCGGGAGCAAGGUGCCUCUCACCCCAGGCAUCAAGGCCAAGGUGCUGUCCGUGAUCAGGGAGUAUGGGACAGGGCGCGACACCCUGCGCUGCUUAGCCCUGGCCACAAGGGACAACCCCAUCGCCAAAGAAGACAUGGUGCUGGAAGACUCCAACCGCUUCAUUGAAUACGAGACGGACCUGACAUUUGUGGGCUGCGUGGGCAUGCUGGACCCCCCGAGAGCUGAGGUGGCCGCGUCCAUCAAGCUGUGCCGCAUGGCGGGCAUCCGGGUCAUCAUGAUCACCGGCGACAACAAAGGCACGGCCGUGGCCAUCUGCCGCCGCAUCGGGAUCUUCAGCGACAGCGACGAUGUCUCCUCUAUGGCUUUCACAGGACGCGAGUUCGAUGACCUGUCGCCUGCCGCCCAGCGAGAUGCGGUGGUCAAGGCCCGCUGCUUUGCCCGCGUAGAGCCGUCCCACAAGUCCAAGAUAGUGGAGUUUCUGCAGUCAAUGGAUGAGAUAACAGCCAUGACUGGCGAUGGAGUGAAUGAUGCCCCUGCUCUGAAGAAGGCGGAGAUUGGCAUCGCUAUGGGUUCAGGCACAGCUGUUGCAAAGUCGGCCUCUGAGAUGGUCCUGGCCGAUGACAACUUCUCCACCAUCGUGGCAGCCGUGGAGGAGGGCCGGGCCAUCUACAACAACAUGAAGCAGUUCAUCCGCUACCUCAUCUCCUCCAACGUGGGAGAAGUUGUCUGCAUCUUUCUGACGGCAGCUCUGGGCUUCCCGGAGGCUCUGAUUCCCGUCCAGCUGUUAUGGGUCAACCUGGUGACAGACGGCCUCCCUGCCACCGCCCUGGGCUUCAACCCUCCUGACCUGGACAUCAUGAACAAGGUCCCCCGCAAUGCACGUGAGCCCCUGAUCUCUGGGUGGCUGUUCUUCAGAUACCUCGCCAUUGGAUGUUAUGUGGGUGCAGCCACGGUCGGUGCAGCUGCCUGGUGGUUUGUCGCGGCUGAGGAUGGACCAAGAGUCACCUUUUACCAACUGAGCCACUUCCUGCAGUGUGGUCCUGAGAACCCAGAGUUUGAGGGUUUGGAUUGUGAGCUGUUUGAGUCCCCCUACCCCAUGACCAUGGCCCUGUCUGUGCUAGUCACCAUUGAGAUGUGCAACGCCCUCAACAGUGUGUCAGAGAACCAGUCCCUGCUGCGGAUGCCCCCCUGGGAGAACGUCUGGCUGCUGGGAGCCAUCUGCCUCUCUAUGUCCUUGCAUUUCCUCAUUCUUUAUGUGGAGCCCCUGCCAAUUAUCUUCCAAAUCACCCCUCUAAACCUGACCCAGUGGCUGAUGGUGCUGAAGCUCUCUCUCCCUGUCCUCCUGCUGGAUGAGGUCUUAAAGUUAGCAGCCAGAAACUACAUGGAGAACUAUCCUGGUAAAGAGCUGGAGAAGCCCAGCAGCAAAGGUUGCUCCCUUUCUGCAUGCAUGGAGGGCAUCUCCUGGCCGUUUGUGGCCCUCACCUUCCCCCUGGUGCUGUGGAUCUACAGUACCGACACUAACAUGGCAGACAUGUUCUGGUCCUGACUGACUUGAGCACAACCCUCUCCCUCCAUGUGUGUGUGUGUGUGUGUGUGCAUACCUAGAGAAGAGUGUGUGUUUGUGUAGACAUAGUGAGUGCUUGCGUGUUGGGGAGGACAGAGUUUAACACACAAAACCUAACAAAUAAUAUAAAAAUGUUACAAUCAAAAAUUCCUUCAGAGAUUUUGUGAAUGGAGAGGCUUUUGUGCGUGUGUCUGUUUGACCAUCACUCCUGUAGCUCUGGACUAUUUUCUGGUUGGAACAGAAAAUACAUUUUCUUUUUUUUUUAUUGUUGAUAUUGCCUUUUAAAUUUGUAUUUUUAAUGAUUUGGGAUUAUAAUUUUGUCUCAAUUCUCUACAGAAAUAGAUUCCUCCUUUUUGCGCCUCCCUUUUCUUACGAGUAUACAAAUUAGAUAUUUAAAUGCAGUCCAUUGACCUGUACAGAGAUUUAACACUAUUUUAUGCAACCUACUUUUAAUUUUUUUUCUCCAUCACUUUGUAAAUUGUUGGAACAAAUUGCAGGCGGAGGGGCUCAGAGAAACGUGUAGGGUUACCUUCUAAUGUUUACCACUGUCUUCAGUAUGAACGUAGAACUAUCUCAGAGCAAAUGGACAAGCACCGGAUUGCAGGAGAUUGGUAUGACAAGGGUUUGUGAUCAGUCAUAGUGUGUGUGCAUGCAUCGUUAAAAACAAUAGUAUCCUGAAUAUGGAUCUGCAUGUUUUUUUUGACCUAGCAUGAACUUUACAUGGUUUUUCAUUUAUAAUUGAGUCAUGUCUCCCCUACAUCAAUGUACAAAUGACCUUCAUAGAUUUUUUUUUUUUAAAGAUAACUCGUUGAUUUGAAAAGCCAGUUUUUCUGCACUAGGCAGAGCACAGCUACCUCAAUAUGAUCGAUUUUGCUAAUUUCUAGGGACUUUCUCCUUACGUGGCUUUAUUGUCUUUAUCCAACAUGUAGUCGAUGUACAGUAGUAACUAGACGUGAGAUUGGCCCCCAUUUCCUUGUGCAGAAAAGAACAAAUCAGCCCUCUAGUAACUUGUUUUAGGAUAUUUUGUCUUUUAACAAGGUAAACUUCCAUUAACUUUAUUUUUAUUGUAGGCAAGAUGGGUGGGUUUAAAUGUUGCCGUGUCUGUGGCUCAUGAACAUGAUUGAAAGGCAAAAAUUGAAAAUAAAACUAAAAAUGUUUUCCAGUUGACUAUUCCAACAAUGAUCGUGCGAAAAAUAAUUACCCCAUUGUUUUUAUUUUUUAUACUUAAAAAAAAAAUACACUCAUGAACCCUUUGAA